AUGAGGCGCAUGCGCGCGGUGGGCGGGCGCUGGGGCAGCGGCGCGGUGCGGGGGGGGCGGGCGGUGCUCGGUGCCGCCGCCGGGAGCGGCGGGCGCGGCGGGGCCGCGGAGGAGGCCGAGGCGGGCGGCGGGCGGCAGGGCUGGCGGGGCGAGUCGCGGGGCUCGCCGCAGCAGCUGGCGGAGCGGUACGCGGAUUUGGCGGCCAGCCACAGCGAGGCGCUGCGGCAGCGGGAGGAGCGCGAGUGGCACAACGCGCGGCUGCGCCAGGAGAACGCGCGGCUGCGGCUGGAGAAUCGCCGCCUGCGCCGCGAGAACCGCUGCCUCUUCCGACAGGCCCUGCUGGGGCCCGGCCCCGACAAGCCCCCCGCCGACCCGGGCGAGGAGGCGGAGGCCCUGCGCGCCCAGCUGGGGCGGCUGCAGGAGAAGCACCGCCGGGCCUUGCGGCAUCUGCGGCGCUGCCGGGCCGCCGGUGGGCCCGAAGCCUCGGGAGCCGAAGAAGGGGAAUUGGAGGAGCUGCUGCUCGAGGAGGACGAGCAGCCGCUGGAUAAGAAGAGCCUGGUGCCUGCCGUGUAGGCGGCCCCGGAGGAGGGGGCGGUGCCGACUGGUGCUGCGGGCCCUCCCCGCUGCCUGGGGGUAGGGGCGGGUCACGCCCUCUGCUCUGGGCUGUGGCCCCCGUGCGGCGCGGGGAUUCCCCCCACCUCCGUCGAUCGAAACGGGAUCGUCGCACGGAAAGGGUGGAGGAGGAGUUCUGGUUUGUUAAUCUUUUUCUCAGAUGUAUACCCAGGUUCAUGUGGGAAGCUAAGGCUUGGAACACGAGAGGAAUCUCUCAAAGCGGCUGUUGUGGAGAAAAGAACCGCGAGGAGCAGAGCGCUUGAUCUCGUGUCAUCCCACAGCAUUGAACUGUGCCUCCUCUAGAGCUGUGGAUCACCUUUUUUCUGUUGAGUUAGCGACUGUCAUGUAGUCUUCAAGAGCCAUGGAGACUGACUAGUUCUUAGUAGUUGGUGUAUGUUAGGAAGAGGAGUGGAGCAAGCUUGAAAGCUUUUGUCAGUGCUCCAGUAAAAGUUGGUGAUCCUUUGAGCUAUGAAUUGCCUUGGACACUUACUGCACAACACUAUUUGUAUUUGUAAUGAUGGCCUUCGUUCACCCUCACAUGAAUACUGAUUUGAAUUUCACAUUUUCACACAAAACUGCAGCUACUAAAUAAACUUAUGAUACACCAAA